UUGUUAAAUAGAAAAAAAACAUUUAAAAAUAGGUCGUGAUAAAUUUAAAAUUUGGAAAGAAUUUAUUAAGUGUACAUUGUGCGCUUCAUAGUCGAUAAACGUUCGGUGUGUUCAUUGUCACGUAUUUUACAAAUUAAUUAACGGAAAUAAAAUGAUGUUGCACAUAUGUAAAUAUAUCAAGUGUCCAACUGGAAUAAAAAUUAACAAAUAAACAACAUAAAUUGGUAAGGAAACAAUUUUGUUUUUUUAUAAUCAAUUAAAGAAAUACAAAAAACAGUAAAAUGCAGUUCAUUGACCAUUAUAUUUUACAUUCUUAAAAACAAAGUACUCAAUGAAUUCUCCAAAAGCGGUAGCUCGAGUAGUGGAAAAUUUCAACAAAAGCAAACUGAACUUUGUUCAGAGUCUAGCCGAUUUAGCGUCUAGAGAAGCGCAUGUAGAAUGUUUACGCAUAAAUUUAGUAAUUCAAUUAGUCAGUCCGUUGGUGACUGAUCCAAAUCCAACGAUCAGAACGAAUCUAAUACUUCUAUUUAGCCGGAUGGUUGGACACAGCGAAGCGAGUGCAAAGGAUAUACUCAAAUCACCCCACACAAUCACACAAAUAUUUGAAUGUAUUAUUAAAGAAAAUAAAUAUUAUAAAAAGAACUCUAUGGAUUUUAUCAAGAACAUAUGUAAACAUUCUUCUUCAAUUGCUAUUCCAGUAAUAACAAAAUAUGGCGGUGUGAGUGCUAUAAUGAUUUGCAUGGAUGAUUUCGAUUUGUUAGUCAGAGAGUCGGCGCUGCAAGCAAUCUCUUCAGUUGCACGUCAUGGGCCUGAACCAGUUGUUAUGCUUGUUAAUGCUGGGGUUUUAUCUCACAUAACGAUUUGUUUGAAAGAACAACAUGUUAAUUUGAAGUUGGCAGCAUUAGUGGCAUUAGAGUCCAUUGCCAAACUUAAUCCGGACAUGGCUCAGGAAAUAGUAGAAAGCUCUUCAUUGCCGUUCGUUAUCAGUUUGCUAGAACAACCUUGCAUUAAUAUUAAAAUUCAGAGGAACGCGCUCACGCUAAUAAGGAGCAUAGUUAAACACUCUUUAAGUUUAGCGGAAAAUGCAAUCGAAGCUGAUUUAUUUCCUUCAGUAUUACAUUUGAUGGCACAUCCGGAUGAAUUAACCCGUACACAUGCAGCUCAAGUAGUCAGUGAAUUAGUAAAACAUAGUGUUCAGAUUGCUCAAUUGGUAGUAAAUGCUGGUGGGAUAGCUUCACUAAUGAAUGUUAUAAAGCUGAGUAAAGAAUGUUCCCCAAAUUCAGCAAUCCUCGCAAUUGGUUUUAUUUCCGCAAUGUCAACAUUAUUAGCAAGAGUAGUAAUUCAAUCUGAGGUGCUGUUACUUUUUGAUAAUGUUUUGGAGAGCAAUGUUGGUGACAUUACUAAAGCCGAUGUUGUUUGGGCUAUAGGGAUGAUCGGUCAGCAUAGCACUGAACAUUCUAGAGAAGUUUGUGCACGAAAAGCACUAUGCUUCAUGAUAGACACAGUAAAAGAUUCCAAGUCGGGGCCUGAAAUUAAAAGCAAAUGUAUGAAUGCUCUUAUAUUAGUACUGGAGAAAUGCGAUAAUUUAACUACUUUAAACAAUCUAUUGAACUUGUCCACCCCUACAGCGAUAAUUAAAUGUAUUCUCAAUCAAUUUAUAAAAAUAUUGUCGAAGAAUGCAAAAGCCAGACGAAACUUUAUUGAAAAUGAUAAUCUUAAAAUGAUUCAGGAAUUAAUGAAAAUACCUGAUUCCGAAUUACAUAAGAGUGUACAAUCAAUUAACUGUUUUUUCCCCGGAGACAUUGUUCAAAUAGUAAGUGGAAAUCUUCCAGAGUCAGUAAUGCAAAAAGUAGACUCGUAUCAGCCGAAGAGUCAAUGUAUAUUUUAUAACCGUUCACAAAAAAGUGAAAUAUCUAAUUUAGACAAUACGUCUUUUGAUGGUGAAUUAGCUAAUGAAUAGAUUUUACUAAAUUUUUAUUUAAAUAUAUUUGUAGAUUUUUGUGUUAUUAUUC